AUGAUCCAGACUGAUCACCUGUACUCCGCAGACGACUUGUACGUGCUUCGGCAGGGCGAGAAUGAACCCUUUAGGGAGUAUGCAGUCCGCUUCAGCCACGAAUACUCUCGUUACCCCAAAACAGACGAUCGUGCUGCCUUUGAUGCUUUCAAGAGUGGCAUCUGCGAGUCCAACUUCCGGUACCUAGUCCACAGCAACCCUUGGAACACAUAUGCUGAGCUAAUGAAGCAUGCAACAAUUCACGCCAAGGUUGAGUACUUCAAUUCCAAGCGUGACUCAGCCACCUCUGCAUGCAGCACCUUUGAUGAUCCUCCACCUGCUUCAGUACCCACUCCAGCCCUACCUCAACAUUCUGCCCAGACACCAAGUACUCAGGGUGCCCAGCACCCCAAAAGGAAGGAUAGCUACCAGCCCAGCGGAAGUAACCCUCCCAAGACAAGUGAUCGUGCCCCACUCCCCUUCACACCCAAGUCUAGGUUUGAGGUCUUCACCACCCUGAACACUACCUAUGAGAAUGUCUUAGUACACGAGGCACCCAUAAUACCUAAGCCUCCCCCCAGGAGACUGACCAACAAACCUAUGCCAAACACAGGUGUCUUUUGCCAUUUUCAUCAGUUCAGUGGCCAUGAUACCGAAUAUUGUGUUGCCUUGCGCAACAUCAUUGAAUAA